GGUGCAUUUGGCCAUGUCGGCGCGCGGUGUAUCAACGGGCCACGUCCUGCCUGCCAACCCGUCGUUCAUCGAUUUCCUGACAUCUGACGGCGAUACAGACCAAUGGCCAACAAACACAACACGCGUUGUCGACAGCGAAGGCCAUGUCAAUUUCAUGCGUCCUGUUCCUCUCGAUGAAAGUCUCUGUAUCAAGUGGAGAUGCGAGGUUGGUGCUAGUUUGGCAGUUCGUCUGAAUAAGCCUGUUGGCCCAAGCUAUGUUUUGCGCGGAUGGCCGGAGGGCUACCAGAUGUUCGACCACAAUAAAGGUCCAGUAAGUGGACCGCGCCACGAUGCAUAUCUCAUGGGAUCCCGCCACGUCAAACGCUUCCGCUCGGUUCCGGAGUUCACCCCUCAUGCACUCUGGCUUCUCACCGAUCCCACUCUCAAUCGGGCUAAUUGCUCCUGUAAGUACUGCAAUAGGAAACCACAGCGCGAGAUCACUGCGUCGAUGGGUCUAUUGCCAAGACGGUCGACCCCAUUGACUGGUGCUCCUUCAACUCGUGGCCAGCGAGCGCCCGGUGCUUCUGCUUCCACAUCUGCAUCUGCCCGUCAAGUGCGGGAUCGUGGAAAACCCUAUGCUUCAAUCCGCCGUGCCCCACGUCCCGUCAAACAGCCCGCAGGUCCAAAGCAAAACAUGUCAAGGGAACGCAAUGCAGAUCUUCGAACAGCCUAUGCCGAAGAGAUGGAAUUACGGCGUUGGUUCCGAGACGGAGAAUUAUUGUGGUGCGCUUUAAACCCCCCUAUACUCGGCCUCACGGGCGACAAGGAUGCGAUCACGUUUUGGCCGGGGUUGGUAGAAGAGGCAAAAAUAAAGUCGGAGGCGGUAGCCAAACCAAAGUCAUCUGAUGAAACCGUUGAAAAGGCAGCUGGAGCAGAUAUUGUCAUGGCGGACGCUGCCGAUGGCUCUAACGAGGCGCCUGCCGCCGAAUCUUCAAAUUCCACCUCCAAAUCCACAUACAACGAUGAGGACAAACAGGUCCCUUGGACAGUUGUCCAGACAUUGUGGUACAAGAUAAAAUUACUCGGGAUUCCGUACUCGUACAACAUUCGUGCCGACCAGGUUCUACCGUACCAAGCUCACGCGCCUUCUGACGAGUUGAUACAAGCGAUCCACCGUGUCCCGUUGGAGCAAAUGAACACCAACACGGACGCCUUCAAGCCCUCAGCCACGACACAAUUCGCCGAGGCUGCAGCACCAUUCGCGCUUGCAGUUCAGAUUGCCGCAAAUCUGGCUGGAUACUGGACACCAACGGACGAUUGGGAAUACAAAUUUGCUAUCCCUCCAUCUCCGAAAGUGGUGACGCCGCCGCCGCCUUUACCGGCAUUUAAGAAUGACAGCACGUCGCUCCACGCUGUAAUGAAUGCUAGCAUGGCUUAUAAUGCGUCGCUUUCGGAGUCGAUCUCUGCUGCUGGGCCUCCCGCGCCCACCCUACCGACUUUGGCACAAACCCAAACUAUUACCCAGACUCGCUUCCAGGGACUCUGGUGGGGCGCAGAGCGCAUUUGGACGGAUGAACUCGUGCGGCUUAAGCUUUCUCGCGGACAAGUUGCGCCACAGGGCGCGGAAAAUAUACUACCACCUGCUGGACCGUCUCGCAAAGCCAUCGAAUACGCUCGUACCCUUGACGAGGGUUCGAGCGAUUGCGAAGAUAUAAUGGGCGCAGCAGGGAGGGGUCUGUUCAUGCUCCUCGAAGGACUUUAUGUUGUGGAUGUACCGAAAGUGAAUGGAUCAACUGGGAAGGAGUGUAGGGCGACAGGUAUGCUGUAUGAGCUUGUAGAUGAGGACUGGGAAGGAGACACUGGCGAAGGAUCAGGAAGCGGCAAGGAAAAUGGCAAGGGGAAGGGAAAAGCCACAGAUCAGUCGAGUGGGAUUGAAACUCCUGCAAGUUCUGCCAAUGGCGUUGUAGCUGGCAGCAUUUCCGUUGAGGCUCCCUCGGGAUCGCAGCUUGCGAAUCCGAAUCCUGCUGUACCGGUGGAGGGAACGACGUCGGAUGUCGUCUCACACACAGAUUCGAUUACGGUUCCCGGUCAAACAAAAGCACAGAGCCCGAACCAGUUACUUUCUCAUCCCAUCCUUUCCUCACCCUUCUCGCUUCCCCCGCCGCCGGAGGGUUUCAAGUUUAGACCUGUUCUCACACCAGGAUACGAGGCAGUUAUCUCAUUAAAUCUUAUCGCUGGUCGGUAUUACCCCCGGCUACUCCAACACCCGUUACUUCAAGCUUGCGUCGAGAAAGCGCUUGAUGUCGAAAGUGGGGGCCUCGUUGAAGCUAGUCAACUUUGGGCGUUAGAGGGGCUUACGCCUGGGUUCAACAACACGAUGGAUCCCGUGCGGUGGCGGUCCACGCGAGUGGCCAUGAUUCGGGAAGCGGAUAAGGAAGCGCGCCAAGGUUUGGAAGAGCAUUGGCGUGCGAGGGCCAGAGAAAAGGAGGAGAGGGAUGCCAUAGAGACGUAUCUUCCGUUCCAACCAUUACCGGACAGUGUGACAGGUGAUGCAAGCGCUAUUCCGACCAUCAAGGUACCAAAGACGAGUGUCAAUCCUAUGGAGGUGGAUUCGCUGGAAACAAGAGAGGAUUGACGAUCGUUGAUUCCUAAAGUUUGGAUUAUGGUUUGCGGUUGCCAUCGUUGCUCGAGUACAUACGUACAUAACCCAAUACUGUACUACAACAGAAUGUCAUUUUCGAGUGUAGC